UCGCCUACUCUCUUCACUGUCCUUCAUUUACAGUGGAAUCAUUUUCCCUCCAUACAACACAACCAGUCUCUCUCGCACCUCCUCACUAUAUAACUUUCUCAUUCCCGUUUCCCCUACUUCCUCUCAUACUGUAAAAAGUAAAAACACAAACCUAAGCACAGAAUCACAGAGCUGCACAGAGCUAGAAGAAUUAAUCAGGAUGUUGAAAUUCCUAUCGAAAGUGCGAAUCGAAUUCAAUGCCCUAGACCCACGAACAGCGUCAUGCAUGGAAUUCCUUGCCCAAUGCAACGCCCGCAAGGCCAAAGAAUCAAAUCCCGCUUGCCAACUCAUUGUCAAGCGUCGAACCGAUGAUCGUACCCCGCAAAUCACUGUGACGUUCGUUAAUGGUGUCGAGGAGGUUUUUGACGGCACUAGUGUCUCUGCACAGUCAAUUAGGAGUAUGAUUUUGGAGAAAGGUCAGCAUCUUGAAACUGAACAAAUGUUUCGCGAAGCUGGUGAAAAAUGGCCUGUUCUUAUUCCUGAACAUGAGCUUCAAAUGCCUGCUCCCGGUACCAAACCAAGGAAAGCAGAUGAGAAGAAGCAAUGACGACACUAUUGCUGGAGAUCACUGGUUUCACAUCUGCAACAAAACUAAAUUAUAUCGAAUUGUGGUUCAUAAAUGAGAUAGGUCUGUAAUUUGAAAUCGAUCAUGGUAUUAGUGAAUAUUUAAAAGCCGUGUUCUAGUGUUGACCUUCUUGUGAAAAUCCCCUAAAUAAGUUGGGUGUAUUUUUGAAUGUACCAAUUUUGAGACUCUCGUUGUCUUUCAGCCGGUUUGCUUGUGUUUGCCUGCUAA